GCUGCGGAGUCAAUAGCAAGGGCAAAGCAUUUUCCCUCUUUGUGUAUCUCCAACAUGGAUGCUUUUCAGAGCAUGUUAAAAUUCUUUCUUAACCAGAAAACUGCUAUUGGCUACAGCUUCAUGGCUUUACUGACCUUGGGAGGUGAGCGUCUCUUUUCACUUGUGGCUUUUAAGUGCCCCUGCAGCUCUGAGAAUACGGUCUAUGGGUUGGUUUUCCUUUUUGCUCCUGCCUGGGUGUUACUGAUCCUAGGAUUCUUUGUGAACAACAAAGCAUGGAAACUCUUCACAGGUUGCUGUGUGAACCCCAGGAAAAUCUUCCCUAGGGGUCACAGCUACCGCUUCUUCUAUGUCCUGGGCCAGAUCACUCUGAGUUCAUUGGUGGCUCCAGUGAUGUGGCUCUCUGUGGCUUUGCUUAAUGGAACUUUUUAUGAAUGUGCCAUGAGUGGGACAAAAAGUUCAAGACUCCUGGGACUGAUUUGCCAGGGCAAGCCCAAGGAGUGCUGGGAAGAACUUUACAAAGUGUCUUGUGACAAAACUAGCAUGCUACCCAUGGAGAAUGAAGAAGUGAAACUGUCCCUUCAAGCCCAGUCUCAGAUUCUAGGAUGGUGCCUGAUUUGUUCAGCAUCUUUCUUCUCUCUGCUCACCACUUGUUAUGCACGCUGCCGAUCUCAAGUUAGCUAUCUGCAGCUGAAUUUUUGGAAGACGUAUACGGAAAAGGAGAAGGAGCAGUUGGAAAAUACAUUUGUGGACUAUGCCACCAAACUGAGUGAGAGGAACCUGAAAUGCUUUUUUGAAAACAAGAGGCCGGGUGUCUUUCCCUUGCCCACCUUUGCUGCCUGGGAAGCUGCUUCAGAGCUGCAUUCUUUCCACCAAAACCAGCAACAUUACAGCACUCUCCACAAGGUGGUGGAUGAUGGUCUGGAACCCUGCCCCCAGGACGAUGAGACCACAAUGGUCCUCGUGGGUACCGCAUGAACUCUGUAGCUCAUCCACCAUCACUGGCUCCAAAUGCCUAGCGGUACAUUCAUUCAGAAAGCUUCCUGCUAUAUACACAAUCAUCUUGUGUCUCUGCAUUUUUUUCACAGCUACCUUCUUUACAAGACAAUGACACAAAGAGAAACUGCUUUGAAACUCAGAUGAAGACAGUGUCAGGAUGUGCUCAAAUUGGGGCUAAGUGGUGACACACACUUUUGCAUUGGUGGAGGGCUGGGCUUAUUAGGACCAAACAUUGUUCUAAGAUUUUAUGACUUAGUAGACAGAUUAAUGCAAGAGGAUCUGCCACUCUUUGUAAAUAUUGGUCAUGGUAUCUGGGACUGAAUUGGUGGCUUGUGCCAAAGCAAAGUACUCUUCAGUAUAGACUGCUUUACACAGUGGGAUCUGUGGUGUGGUCAGCAGUAGCCCCUGUUCCGUAAAUCCAUCCCACUGCUGUUCAAGAUGUAUGAAAUUCUACCAUUAGAAAUUCUUUACCUCAGAAUUUAAAGACUUCAGUUCUCAAAAAUGAUUAAGCGAAAGAAUGUGAUAUUGAAAAUUCAGAGUUUUCCGCAAGUUUUUACUGUAUACUGAAAGUACGCUCUUGGAGCAGGGGCCCUAAGUACUCUCUGCCUUUACAGACCAAUUUCUAUACUCAAAAAUAUUAAUAUUAUGUAUUAGAACACUUUGCUCAACCUAAAAGUUGUUUUAUUUCUUUCUGAUUUUAAAAUUAAAAACACUUUCAUGUUGGGCAUGGUGGUGCAUGCCUAUAA